UGGCUAUGUGUUAAAGUGAUUGGACAUGUUUUGUUUUGCUUUAUUGUCAUACAUGUGCCUUAACCCACGAAGAAGAAGGCACAAAGUUCUACUGCAUGAAGCCACAGCCUUGACUGCAAGUAACCACGGUUGCCCUGUCAGUCGUGUCCUGGGAGUGUUUGGUGUGGCCAAACCCAGCAUCUGUCUUGGUGUAGCAACACAGUGCUGGGGUUGGGUGUUUUUUUUUCUGGUUUGCUUGUCUCUGGCUGAAGCAGAAGAAAGCAGAGGCCUUUCCAGCCUGGCUCCAACCCUGAAUCACGCUGGAAUCCACGUGCAGCGUGGACACCAUGGGGCGGGAGCUCAUCCUGCUCCCCUAAGUGCACGGCAGCCGCUGCCCCACUGCCAGCCAGCCCUGUCCCAGGCGCCCUCCGUUCCCCUCCACCCCCCCGCCGCAAGGCAGAGCUGGUCAAGAGUUCUUCGCGGGAAUGGCAGCGUCCUGCCGUCCUUUGCCUACGGGGCCUCUCAGGAGGAUGGUGGCACCGUCUGCUCUGUCUCCCUCCUUUCCAACGACCUUCUGGCCGAGGGAGAACUCGCCUGCCAUGUCGGGGCCAACAGGACCUCCCCGUCCCACAGCUCCAGCCCCAUCCGCAUCACGGGUAUGACCCUGCUGCCACCCCUUCUGCCUUGCCCACUGCUGCCCAACCUGUUGGAUGCCCCGGUGGCCCCUGAGGAGGGGGGUGGCAGGGUCUCUGGAAGCAGGUGUGAGGCCCUGUGGGCCAACGUUACUGCCUCGACUGGCAGGCACAGGAAGGGGUUUGUGGCCAGCCCUGCUGCACACCUGGUGCUGGGCUGCCAGUGCCUCCCCAGCUGCUCUUUCAUCCCACAGGCAACGAGGAGGUGGCAGAGCUGUGUCCUGGUAGCACAGCUGGUGAGUCUCUGGCCCUACCGUGGUGGGAAUGUCAGUUACCAGGGAGAAAACCCUGCUGGGCUCCUGGCAGGGGCUUGACUGCAGCUGUGUGGUGGUUGGGAUGGGUUUUCCCAGUGUGAAGGCACCUGGUGGGAAGAAUGGGGAUGGUGGGUCAGAGCCAGCCUGCCUCAGGGACAGCAUGAGGGUGACAUGAGGUGACUCUGGCACACGUAAGGCUUCCAGAUCCCCCUGAACCUGGCCCUGUGGCAGGCCUGGAGAGGAUGUGGGGGCAGUGGGUUUUCUGUGGCAGGCGUCACCCCCGCCUUUCCA